AUGGCUAUGGAUCUCGCGUUCCUCCCGUUUAACACGACCUUCGCGCAAAUGGACACCGCCUUUGCGCAAAACAGCGCCAUCUCCGAGCUACCAAACAUCACUUUUGCGCAAAUCAAUGUCUCCUACGUAGAAUCCGAUACAGUUGGGGGUCGUGCCACAGUGAAGAAUCUCGUUACGGAAUCGUCUAGAUGGCUGGAUUAUUCCAACCUUGGAUCAUUCGGCAAGCGUAGGAGCGGCGUCUGGUUACAUGUAGCAAAAGCUGCCUCGAAAAAGGACCUUUCAGUCCCAAGUAAAGUGCAAGUCAGCAAGCGGUUCCUCAUCUUGGUCGCAUGCUUCAACUUCAUUAAGUUUGCCGUCAUGUUCUCGGUGCUUGUGAUAGACCGUUCGUCCUACCUGGUCACCUUAGGAGACGCUGCAAGCUCGUUCUUGGAGCAAAGAGAUCGCUAUACCAUCGACAAGUGCCUGCUUAGCCGAGAGGGAAUGGUUGCGAGGAAGGAUCUCCCGAAGAUUGGAUACAAUCGUGGCAACAAAGAGAUCGAACAACUUCAUUUACGACUCCAGGGCUCGUGGCUUCCGUAUUCACGAUCAUACUUCUCCCCAUACCACGACGUAGCCUCGAAAGUCUAUGCAUUCUUAUGCCGUACAGAUGGAGUCUUCCUCUUCUUGCUAUCAGUGCUACGCUCCACUGGUUAA